AUGGAAACAAUAAGGGAUGACAUAAUAUUUAAAAAGGAUGAGUGCUGGAAAGAAAGUGAAAAAAAAUUCCUUCAAAAUGAAUGGCGGAAUUCAAAAGGAUCUUUAGAAUCAAUUGUUUCCUCUUGUUCAAUUGAAAAUUCAGCAUUUACUGCACGUUCGAAACAAUCCCAAGGCUCUCAUUCUGAUGAAUAUUCCAUCAUGAUUGAUGAUGAUAUCCCAGUGGACGAAAUGUAUUUCCAGUUUUCAAGUAUAUCAAUUGUUAAUCGAGUUUUUUGUGAUAUCUCGUCUGUCAAAUAUACAACUUACUCAGAAAUUAGACAUAUUUUUUACUUCUUGAGUUCCUUCUUUUUUAUUCUUUCUCUGUUGUUAUUUGAAAGAAGUUGGAGUGGGGUUACAAAGGUAAAGGUUGAUUAUGAUAAUUUUGGAAAAUUUCCACUGCUGUCCAAGAAUAACUAUUCUUCGAGUUUGAGCGAAUACAAAUACGAAAAUAAUUCCGAAAACAAUAAGAUUUAUGAGUUUGUAGUUGAUCGUACUUUACAGGAGCCUAUUUUUGUAUAUUAUGGGAUAAAUGGGUUUUUUAGCAAUACCAGGGAAUUUGUUGGCUCUAAACCUCCCGAACUAUUUGGGUAUGGUUAUAAGUGUACGCAUAUACUAUCUAUUGAAGAUAUUCUGAGGUACAGACCAGAUUUCAGAAUACAUCUCGCGGAGUUUUUUAGAGUACCUUUAUAUUUUAACUUUACUCAAAUUGAUAACAUAUUUUCCGUUAACGAAGGAAAAUCAAGAAUUUUCAGGAUGAGUAGAAAAAAUAAUUCAAUUAAUAAAAAUAUUUUAUGCGGUCUUCCAAUUUAUUCUGUAUUUACAGACGAAUUUGAAUUAAUAAAAAAAAGUCCUGGAAAGGAGAGAAUACAUAUUAGAACCAUUGAUUUUCCAGAAGAUCAAUGGAAAUUUAAAAUGCUCCAUAGUUUUAGGCAAUUUAUUUCUGGAGUGAUCGACAGCAAAUUUUUUAAUAAAUCGGAUGAAUCUGGAAAAAAAUUGAGUGACAAGAUUCCUAAAUUAUCUAUAAUGUUGUCAAGGUGGUGGAGCCAAAGUAUUUCUCCAAACUUCAUUAAGCCAUACGGUGUAAUUAGCUCAUCAUAUGAAUACGGCAGUAUGGACGACACCAUUUUGUAUCCAGGUUCGUAUGAGCUUAAUUUUACUUCUAAUAUAUUCCCCAAUAAUGCUUGGGGGGCUGAAAAGUAUGUGCUAUUUAUGAAUCUGUCAGUGUUUGGAGGAGAGCAAUACUUAGCAGCUGCAAUCUGUUUGUUUAUAGCAAUAAUUUAUGCUUUUAUUAUAUACUUUAAUCCAAACCGUGCUCAAAUAAUCAUCAUAAAAAAUAAGAUUGAUCAAAAUAUAUAA